CCGCCACCUAGCGCUAGGCGCGCGCCGCGCUGGCGACAGUCGCGGGGCGCCCCUGCAUCUCCACCGAGUCGUGGGGCCCCCUGCGUCGAAUCCCUAAUUGAACUUCUUUAUAUAAGUUGUAUUUGAGAAACUCGAUUUUGUUUUUAUAUUAAAAGUCUUGUGUGUAGAUAAUUUUUAUGAGAAUAUAAAGUAUAUGUACCUACUCCGCCUCGAGUCUUUGCAAGUUUGUCCCGCCCCCCGACCCGGCUCGGCUCAGUCGCGACGGCGACAAUUCUAAUAAUAAUGUUAUAUUUGUUGUACAUAUUUCAUUGUUGAGGGUAUUAAAAUAAUUACGCCACUUUAAAAAAUAUCAUUUUAUAUUUACAUUUAAAGAGUACAAAACAAAAUUUAUUUCUUAAUAUUAUUGUUAUUAAUAGACACACCAAUACUUGUAGUUUUGCCGUAAACCCUAUUGUUAGAUGACGAUCUUCUUCUGCCGUUCAUCAGAAACCGCGAAUUUGUUACAAAGGAAAAAUAUGAGUGUCUCUGGUGUGGGCUUCACUUUACCAUCGGCGAUGAGCCUUCGCAGGUUACGUAUACGUUGCUUAUGUGGGUACUCUCGAGACUGUGGUUGCGGCACAUCUUCCGGAGGUUCGAAGUCAAUAAGACCACGAGGGUUCUUGAGUCGGUGGGCUUCAGCAAAUGUAAUAUAUGGUGACGCCCAGCGCCGAGGAACCUCAUCUGUCUCGCUUUGAUCUUGUGAAGGCGUAGCGGUAAGGGAAUCGUCCCACAUGACGGGAUGCCAUGGUCGACGCACGGGCCGCUCCGGUGGUAUCAUAGGCUGUGGAGGUCUGAGUGGUAAGGAAUUGACGUCGACAUAGCUCUCCUCAUCGUAUUCCAGCUCAUUCAUUGUUAAUUGUAAUUGCGAUCACUUGAGUAAUGGCCAACGAGGCAAUCUAAAGUUAGCUUAAAAUUAUAAAUACGAUAAAAAUAAGUCUCGCAGCCAGCGUUGCGAGCCUCUGAUCAAAAUCACUGCGCAAUAAUAUAACCCCGUUUUUUGUUCAAUUGGCUUCUU